UCGAGCUUUUUAAAGCCGGUAAAAGAGUGAUUGAAACUACGUGACAAUCAUCAGUCGAUCAGCGACGAGAUCUCACGAUCUUUACAACUUGCGUCGUAGCCGCAGAAGAUUUAUCGAUUAACGGGAGGAGCAAAAACGCGAUGGAGGAUCUGGAACUGUCGAAGGAACAAGUUUCCCAAUUGCAGAUGGCUUUCAACGCGUUCGAUCAUGACAAAAAGGGCUGCAUCAGCACGGAUAUGAUCGGUACAAUUUUGGCAAUGUUGGGCCACGAGCUCGACGAUGCAACGCUGAACGAACUGAUCGCUGAACUCGAUAUAGACGGAACCGGGGAACUCCAGUUCGAGGAAUUCUGCAUGCUGGCGUCCCGAUUCAUCGUGGAGGAAGACACGGAAGCGAUCGCGGCCGAACUCAGAGAGGCAUUUCUCCUCUACGACAGAGAAGGUAACGGCUACAUAACGACAGACGUGUUCAGAGACAUUCUGAGCGAACUUGACGACAACCUCACGGAGGAAGAACUCGACAUGAUGAUCGACGAAAUCGACGCCGAUGGAUCGGGGACCGUAGAAUUCGAAGAAUUUAUGGCUGCGAUGACGGGAUCGUAACGAGUGCGGAUCGAUGGAUUUAUUCAAGUUGACUGAGGAAUCUUAGAAGAAAAAAAAAAAAGCCACAAUAAGAUGAAAAAAAUAUUUUUUAUCAGUUCUGCAGAGUAACGUUUGGCAUCGAGUGUACGUGAUUAUGCUGUGACAUUUGUAUUGUUUUAUAUUGUGUAAUCUAGUGUAAAAAAUUGAUUAAUAAAAAAAGAGACCGAGAAAAUAAA